AUCAUGCGGCAACAGCAUUGCCGAAGAUGAGAGCCAGGGUCUGGGCCUCCCAACAUGCAUCUCCGGAGGUGGCACUCUCCCCUGAAUGGACUGACAUGGUCCCAGACUGUAGAGUUCUUUGGGUUUGGCCUCAGUUCUGGUCCUUGCCUCAGGUCCAAGGAGGGCAUGUGAAGCCCAGGCUGCUGCCAGCCCCACCCUCUCCAGAAGCCAUCCAAAGGUUGGCAGGUGGCCUGAGAAACCGAGUUACCAUUCAAGCUCUGCAAACUGAUGGAGAUGCAGACGGCCCCCACCUGUGGCCGCUGGCGGAGCCGAGGCAAGAGCGGUGCAGUCCGCCCAGCACUGCCGGAGGACACACCCGGCCUCGUGCGAAGAAAGGAUGCUCAGGGCACCUGGGUGCUCACCAAGCAGGAGCGCAGCACGACCAUCCAGGCACUGGCUCUCCUGAAUGUCCACGAGUCAACCUUCCGCCCCCGCGCACCUGGCACCGCCCACGGGUCUCAGGUCCUCCACGCGUUCCGUCGUCCCCACGGCAUCUCACCCAUGGCAGCUGGGUGGUGGCACCUUUCAGAAGACGGGAAGGCAGGUGGGAGGGGGUGGUGCCUGUGAUGACGGUGGCCUCUGCUCUGGGAAGGCGCCUCUGGCCUGCAUGUCCGAGCUUGAUGCCACCAGGAUCUCUGAGCCCAGGGGUAGUGGCUUGGGUCAGGACCCGCGGGCGCCAGGCUGCCAUUGGCUACAACCACCGCUUUGGGUAAAGGUCUGUGUUUCAUC